AUGGCCUUCGAAUCGCGUGAUCCCAUCAAAGACAUUUGGGGUCCUCGAACCCCCUAUCUCCACGAAUGGCCUCAUCGAGAAGACAAAUUCAUUGAAGAAGAACCGGAUAAAUGGGUCCAGAGCGCAUGUGUCUUGUGCAGUAAUGGCUGCGGCCUUGAUAUCGGUGUGAAGCAGAGCAGAGUAGUCGGUGUCCGAGGACGCGUUACUGAUCGUGUAAAUAAGGGUCGUCUGGGUCCGAAGGGACUUAAGGGCUGGGCAUCGAUCAAUCAUCCCGACCGGCUAACGCAUCCCCUCGUGCGGAAAAAUGGCCAACUUGUCCAGACAUCCUGGGAUGAAGCCAUGUCGCUGAUUGUUGAGAAAGCACAGGAUAUCCGUCGUCGGAUGACGGGGCAUGCCAUUGCAUUUUAUACGUCCGGACAGUUGUUUCUGGAGGAGUACUACGCACUGGCGGUUAUUGGGAAGGCAGGGCUGAACACUUUAAACAUGCAUGUCUCGAGUUCCAGGAAAGCCUUUUUCUAA